AUCCGGAGAUAACCGGGCCCUCCUCGUCGCCACACAACCCAACUCGCCCCGCUCCCCCUUCCCCUCCCCCCCCCUUCCCCUUCCCCUCUCCCUUUCCCUUCCCCUCCCUCCUCCCCUUCUCCCUCCCUCUGCUGGCCCGAGGCUCCGCCCCCAGCCUGCCCCCAUCCAUGGACCCUCAGAAUUCCCCCCAACAAGAGCCCUCUCCCUCUGCUCCCCAACCUCCUCCCAGACACCCAAUCCAGCCGGACCACCCCCACACUCCAUUCCCCAAGCCUCCCCAACCCCCCCGCCUCCCCAAGCCCCCCCAGCUCCCAGCCCCUGACCAGGGGAGGGAAGGUCAGCUCUAAGAGCCAGAGUCCACCCUCUCCGCCCGUCUCGGCCUGCCCCCGUGGGGCUCCGGUCACUCAGCGGAUUGGAGAGGCCCGCUUGGGUCCCGCUUCCCAGCCGAUCACCUGGCGCUGCUCCUCCGGCCCACGAAGCCCGUCCGCGCUCCCCUACCCUGAGGAAAGAGGUGACCGGUGGACCCCCCGGGGCGGGAGCGCUCGGACCGGUAAACCGCCCACCCCGCGGGGUCUGCUUCCACGCCCCCUCCCCUCGGUGCAACCUGACCCCUGCGUCGCCAGACCCCAGGACUCUGACGUCUCGGAAAAUUGCCCCCCGGCGGGGGAGGGGCCGGACUAUGAAAAGAGGCCGAGACCCCCGGGCUGAGCCGCAGGGAGCGAGGCGGAGGGCAGGGCGGCGAUGGAGCAGGAGCGGUUUUGCUGGGAUGCUCAGAACCCGCAGGAGAUGCUGACGGGGGCGGAGCCCCGACUCCCGGGCUUGGACACCUUCUUCCCCGCGGACCUCCGCCUGGAGCCGCCCCCGGGACCCCUGAUCUGGCCCGGGUCCUGCGUGCAGCCCGACAUGGCGGAGCCCCUGCCCCCGGGAGCAGGGCUGAAAGAUCCCGCCUCGCUGGGGCUCCCGUGGGCAGGGGAUUGGGUCGAUUGGCGGUGGCCCUGCCCGUCCUCGUGGGGUCCCCCGCCCGCUUCUGCCCCCCAGCCCGGCCUCGAAGGGACUCCGGACCCCGCGGGCAGCCGGGCCCGGACCCCCACUUCCAGCUUUCCCACCUACCCGGACAGGAUCACCGUUCCGGACGGUAGCACCUGCUGGGAGGGGGUGGGGGCCUCGGCCUAUGCCAUCUCUGUGGACUGUGCCGCUGUCCCGGACGGUACCUGCUGGGAGGGGCUCGAGCCUUCGGCCUACACCGUCUCCGUGGAUUGUGCCGCUGUCCCGGACGGUACCACCUGCUGGGAGGGACCUCUCCUAACGGGCUAUGCCACUCCCUUGGACCGUGUCACCGUCCCGGACGGCACCGCCUGCUGGGAGGGGACCCCCUCCUCGGGCUAUACCAGCCCUCCGGACAGUGCCACUGGCCCGGGCGGUGCCAACUGCUGGGAGGGGACGUCCCUCUCUGGCUAUCCCGCUCCCCUGGACUGUGCCGCUGUCCCGGACGGGGCCACGUGCUGGGAGGGGACCCUGGCCUCGGGCUAUAGCACCCGCCUGGACUUUGCCCCCGCUCUGGACGGUAGCGCUUGCUGGGAGGGGGCCAGUCCCUCGAGAACGGCCGCCCGACCGGACCGUACCUCCUCGCCGGCCGGGAGCAAGUGCGCGGCCUGCAGCCUUCCGUCCCGCAGUCCGAGGACCGGGCCCCGAGGCCCCAUCCAGCUCUGGCAAUUCCUCCUCGAGCUGCUGCGGGACCGGGCCGGCCACAGCUGCAUCCGCUGGACCGGGAACAGCCGCGAGUUCCAGCUGUGCGACCCCAAGGAGGUGGCCCGGCUGUGGGGCGAGCGGAAGAAGAAGCCGGGCAUGAAUUACGAGAAACUGAGCCGGGGCCUGCGCUACUAUUACCGCCGGGACAUCGUGCGCAAGAGCGGGGGACAGAAAUAUACCUACCGCUUCGGGGGCCGCGUGCCCGGCCUGGCCUAAGUCGAGCUGGCCGGGGCCGGAGGAGGGGUCGGGGCCGGGGGCUGAGGCUGGGCCUCGGAUAAAGCGUUUUGUGCCCCUCG